GAUGGGGACAGCUCUGCCCGGCCCUGAGCCCCCCCGGCGCGGCCCGGCCUCGGGUGUCGAGCGGCGGGACGGAGCGCGGGGUUCCGCCGCGGCUUGAGCUCUGAGGGGGGCUGCGGCGCGGAGCCGGAGCGGAGCGGUUGGGCCUGUGGGCAGCAGAAAUGGCUCAAGAAGAGAUGGAAGUUGAUCUCCAACCCGUGGCUGGUUACUCCAUAGAGACCCUCGGGAGGCUUCCUCCAGAGCCCCCUGGUCCUGCAUCGCUGUCGUCCCACACCCUAGCGCUGGAAGAAGCAGGCGGCAGCAGCCUGGCCGAGCUCCCUGCUGAUGAUGACGCUGUUGUCACAUCAAGUGCUGGUGCAAGAAGGGAAGCUGCUGCUCAGCCUGGCUCCCAGCCAGCUCCUGCUGCUCUCCAGGGACUGCAGAGGCUGCAAGAGGGCUUGGAUCCUGCUCGGCCUGUGCCACAGGCCAUGCAGCGCCCGCGGGUCAGGAGAACUCGUGGGCAGCAGAGGAAUGGAGGCUCCCGGAGGACAGUCAGCACUAGGGUGGCACUGGACACUUACUUUCAACCCAGAAGGACCCAAGAGCCAGCUGUAGGACCUGUUCACCAGCAGGAACCCUCAGGUGUUUCGGGGAACAGCCAUCACCACAGCUCAGAUGAAGCUCUAGAAGUGAGUGACCCUGGCAGCAGCACUACUGAGGAGGAGGAACUGGAGGCUGCAGCACCACAGUUACCAUCAACCCAGGAGAAUCCUUCAACAGCUGGCUCAGGAGUUUCCAGUCAGGUGCAAGCAGAGCCACCUGAAGCUUCUGCAGAACAUGGAAGUGAAGAAAGUGACCAGGCUGAAGUCCAGCAAAAGCAGAGAAGUCCAGUGAAGAACUUGGAGCCAUCAGUUCCUUAUGCACCACUGUAUGAGGAGGAAGGGGACACCUGUGCCAUCUGCUUUGAGCAGUGGACCAAUGCUGGGGCCCACCGACUGUCAGCGCUGCGCUGUGGACACCUCUUUGGUUACACCUGCAUUGAGAGAUGGCUCAAGGGACAGGCAGGGAAGUGCCCCCAGUGCAAUAAGAAGGCGAAACGCUCUGACAUCGUCAUCCUGUACGCGCGCACUCUGAAAGCUCUGGACACCGCCGAGCAGGAGCGAAUGAAGAGCAACUUGGAACAGGAGCAGAAGCUGAGGAAAGAGGCAGAGCUGGAAUCAGCACAGAGCCGCCUCCAGCUGCAGCUUUUGACAGAUGAAUGCAGCAAACUCCGCAAGCAAGUCCAGGAGUUGAAGGCUCUGGUGGCCCAGCACAACCUGAGUGCUUCUCAGCAACCCAGCAGCUCCCGCAGCCAGCUGCCAGGCAGCCUCCCCUCCAGCCAAAGCCAGCGCAAGUACCACUUGGAAAAGGUUUUUCUGGUGUCUCAGAGUGGGAACUGCAGAGUGAUGACCUACUGCGACCCCCUGAGCUGCCUCGUGGUGUCAGCACCUUCUCCACAGUCAACUUUGAUUCCUGGUUGUGGUGUGAAGAUGAUGAGUGUGGCCAGCCUGAAGAGCAGUCAGUACAUCCCCAUCCACAGCAAACAGAUUCGGGGGCUGGAUUUCGGCCGGCGGUCGGACGGCUUGCUGCUCUCUGGUGCUCUGGACAACACCCUCAAACUCACCAGCUUGACAACAAACACCGUGGUGCAGACAUACAACGCUGGCCGUCCUGUCUGGAGCUGCUGCUGGUGUCUUGAUGACACAAACUAUGUCUAUGCUGGCUUGGUCAAUGGCUCCAUCAUGAUCUAUGACCUGAGAGACACAAGCUCUCACGUCCAGGAACUGGUCCCUCAGAAGUCCAGGUGCCCCAUGGUAUCGCUCUCCUACCUGCCCAGGAUGGCUUCAGCAUCGCUGCCUCAUGGUGGGAUAUUAGCUGGGACCUUGGAAGGAGCUUGCUUUUGGGAACAGAAGGAUGGCAGCUCCUACCGGCCCCACUACCUGCCCCUGGAGCCCGGCGGCUGCAUCGACGUUCAGACCGAGGUCACCACACGCCACUGCCUCGUCACCUACCGGCCCAGUAAAAGUAACCCAUGCAUGCGUUGUGUGAUGAUGGAGCUGACCAGCAGGCCGCCGACAGAGGGCCCUGAGGAUGUGAUCUGUUCUUCUAACCCCGUGCAGACGUUCAGUGCUGGGCCCACCUGCAAGCUGCUGACCAAGAAUGCCAUUUUCCAGAGCCCAGAGGAUGAUGGCAGCGUCUUCGUGUGUGCCGGAGAUCAGGCAUCUAACUCCGCCCUGCUCUGGGAUGCCGGCAGCGGUUCCUUGCUGCAGAAGCUUCAGGCUGACCUGCUCGUGAUGGACAUCUGCCCCUUGGAAGUGAACCAGACUCACCUCCUGGCUACCCUGACUGAGAACACGGUGAGGCUCUACAAGUGGCAAUGAACUGAGGUCCCCGUGGCUGCCAACAGAGGCUUUCCACACGUGCUGCUGAUCAACCCUCCCCCACUGCUCAGCCCCAGGCUCUGCUGUCCUGCACCACUGCUUCCAGGAGACAGGAACCACUACAGCACCUUUCUGGCAGAGGGCAGGACCUGGGAUGUGCUGGUGUCUGGAGCAAUUCCCUCCUUCCAUCUUCCUCUUUAGACCUGCACUUAACUUCUUUGGCCAAUUCUCCUCAGCAAACUGCUUGAGCUGCCUCAGCGCAGCAGCAGAUCUUGGGCUGCCUCCAGUGGGUGUUGCCACAGCCUUUUUCCAGCAUGAACUGACCUCAGGGGCUUGCAAAUCUCUUCUGAGGAUAAACAACACGACAGGAACUUGAAGACCUGGCACACUCCAUGCUGUGAGUCCUGGGUGGUGAGAAGGUGGCAAUGCCAGCACCUCGCUUGCAGGGCCAGCACUUGGUGUAAGGCCAAGUUCACUGCUUUUAGGGAUCAUGCUCCACCACCUCCUGAAGCUGUGGGAUCAGUCAGCAGUUAGUCCCUGGUGAGCACAGACUCUGUCUGGUGGCCAUGGAGAGAGCAGGUUCAAAAAACCUACAAAGAAUCUCUUUUUUGUUUGUUUCUUUUAUUUUCAGGGUUGAGUUAUUUUUUUUUGCCACAAGCAUAUAAUUUGCACUAAAAUUCCCUUCAUCCUCUGCUGUUUCCUUCCACUUCUCUCUCUUCCCACAAGCAAACUUUGAACAGUUUGAUUGUGGGAAAUGAAACUAUAGAAGUAGAGGUGAAGAGGAGGGGAUGGUUCUGCCUGGCUGCUAAAUCUGUGAUGUCCUUCCUUAAGGACAAGAUGUACCUGUUGGGGGUGGUUUGGGUUUGUUUUCCCCCCUCUUUUGAACUGAUGGAAGCUCAGGGGUUUCAUCUUGCUUUCACUGGCUUUCUACCUUCCUCAAAUCCCAGUUACCAGCCCCAGAGACACCCCAGAUGGGUUUCUGUGCUGUGGGCUUGCUGAUUUGUGUUUAUCUGAGCCCCUGGGGUGGGACCAAGAGUCAGGGGAUGUGUCUUGGCCACCCUAAAUCUACCGAGGGCUGUGAGAAGGUUUCUAUCUCCAGGUCAGAUCAUGAAGUAGGACUUUGGGUUUUGUUUUUAUCUUGAUUAAAAAGCAAACCCAGAAGGAUGCUGAGAGCUUCAAGAGGAGUUUCUCUGUGCUGGAGAUGUGGCCCCAGGCACAGCUUUGCCUCUGGCUGUGGUCAGCACUCAUCCAGUUUAGACUGAGUGUGCCACUGCCACCACACCCUGAGGUUCUGACAUCUGAGGUCUGCACAGGAGGAUCCUGUUUGUCUUCAGUCUUAAAGAGGAAAGUCAGAAGAUUUCAGCUCAACUUUAUAUAUACUUUUUUUUUUUUCUUCAGGACAGUAUUUUUGUUCUUAUAUUUUUAUAUGCAGUUCAAAAUAAAGCAUUUUUAGUGCUCA